AUGGCGCCAACUUUCCAAGCCGCCAACUUUCCAAGCCUCCAACUUUCCAAGCCACCAACUUUCCAAGCCACCGACUUUCCAUGCCACCAACUUUCCAAGCCACCAUCUUUCCAAGCCACCAUCUUUCCAAGCCUCCAACUUUCCAAGCCACUAUCUUUCCAAGCCACCAACUUUCCAAGCCACCAACUUUCCAAGCCUCCAACUUUCCAAGCCACCAUCUUUCCAAGCCUCCAACUUUCCAAGCCACCAUCUUUCCAAGCCUCCAACUUUCCAAGCCACCAACUUUCCAAGCCUCCAACUUUCCAAGCCACCAACUUUCCAAGCCACCAACUUUCCAAGCCAGGAUCUUUCCAAGCCACCAACUUUCCAAGCCACCAACUUUCCAAGCCUCCAACUUUCCAAGCCACCAACUUUCCAAGCCACCAACUUUCCAAGCCACCAACUUUAAAAGCCACCAACUUUCCAAGCCUCCAACUUUCCAAGCCACCAUCUUUCCAAGCCUCCAACUUUCCAAGCCACCAUCUUUCCAAGCCUCCAACUUUCCAAGCCACCAACAUUCCAAGCCACCAACUUUCCAAGCCUCCAACUUUCCAAGCCACCAACUUUCCAAGCCACCAACUUUCCAAGCCAGGAUCUUUCCAAGCCACCAACUUUCCAAGCCUCCAACUUUCCAAGCCACCAACUUUCCAAGCCACCAACUUUCCAAGCCACCAACUUUCCAAGCCUCCAACUUUCCAAGCCUCCAACUUUCCAAGCCUCCAACUUUCCAAGCCUCCAACUUUCCAAGCAUCCAACUUUCUAAACCACCAACUUUCCAAGCCUCCAACUUUCCAAGCAUCCAACUUUCUAAACCACCAACUUUCCAAGCCACCAACUUUCCAAAAGCCUCCAACUUGCCAAGCCACCAACUUUCCAAGCCUCCAACUUUCCAAGCCUCCAACUUUCCAAGCCACCAUCUUUCCAAGCCACCAACUUUCCAAGCCACCAACUUUCCAAGCUACCAACUUUCCAAGCCUCCAACUUUCCAAGCCUCCAACUUUCCAAGCCACCAACUUUCCAAGCAGAGACAGAGCAUUGAUUUAUUCAAGUCUAUUCGUAUUCUUUGGACAUCUUCUGUACUGCACCUUUCACUACGUUGCAUCAGCUGCUGCGUCUUAUUGA